CUGCAGGAUGGUAGCCAUAUUGGUUCAUAGGAAACAGACUGUAAGUCAUAAAGGAGGGUUAUAGAGUUUGUAACCGAUAACAAAUAGGUGCAGCUUCUUUAUAAAGUUAGAGAAAAUUAACGAGAGGGAAGGGGGAUCUAUCUCGGAACUCAGGAUCUCGACUGGCGUUCCUAGAGGAUUAUUAUUAUACGUGUGACUACGAUCAAGAUGGCCGGUGAGAAGCUCGUCCCUUGUCCAGAAUUUCAAUUCUCGACAACAGCUUGUUAUAUCUGCAAUGGGUACUAUGGCCCAUGCUUCGAAGAGCCUGUUUGCGCGACCUGUCACGCAUUUUUGUUUCCCAAUGAUAUUGGAUUAUUUCAAGUUCCGAUAUUUAGCGAGAAAACUGACGAUGAAGAUUCUGGAAACGACGAACCGACAGAUCUUUAUUACAAUCACGAACGAAGAACGAGCCAGCAACAACAAAAUUCUCCGCAAAAUGUGAAUUUCAAUGUGUUCAAUAAUCAGAAUCCACCUGUCAAUACAUGCGCGAGCGUUGAAUCAUUUAGAAUCAAUUAUGAAAGGAAUUUGGAAAGGUUGCAAGAAUAUCAACGCCGUCAGGAUAACUGUAUGCAGUACGAACAUGAAGUUGGGGAACCUUCUAGGCCUUAUAACUUGUCAUAUAGAUUGGAUAUGUUGACGAAUCAUAAGCAUAUAGAGCACGAGCCUAUCAACGUGCCCGGUCUUGUAGAGAGCCUACCACCUGAGGUUCUUUUGGCCGUUUUCUCACAUCUAGACGACGUAAGCCUUUGGUCGGCCGCAAAUGUUUGUCGCAGAUGGUGCGGCCUAUUAUCGACCCACGUAACGGCUCAACAAUGGCAACAACACGUGAAAAUGCGUUGGCCGUUAUAUAGACCCAUUGGAUUGGUUAAAAAUUGGUACAAAGUGUACGAUCAGCUUGCUUCUUCUGCCCCCUGUAGAACGUGUUUAGCUCAAACGUCGUUACGAACGAGAGCUCCGAGAAUGGAGGAAUAUUAUUGGAGGCGAAAUAGAUUACUAAGCGAACUGAAAAGUUUAAGAAUGGAUCCUCCGGAGGGUAUAGAAGCUACGCCUUUGGAUCAAAUGUGCUGUCAUUGGCAGGCUACGAUUACCGGACCCGUGGGUAGUCCUUACGAGGGUGGAUUGUUUUAUUUAUACUUACAAGUACCAUACAGUUAUCCAAUGUGUCCACCUGUCGUAAGAUUUCUCACAAAAAUCUUACAUCCGAAUGUUUCAAGGCACGGAGACGUUGGUAUAGACUCUAUACAUCACAAUUGGUCUUUGGCUCUUACCAUAUCGAAGGUCCUCAUUAGCGUGCAAAGUUUACUCACUGAUCCAUACUGUCAGGUAUGCAUGGAGCCAGAAUUAGGGGAAAUGUAUAUGAACGACCGUGAAAGAUUCGAAGAAGUAGCCAGGACGUGGACGUGGCGGUACGCGAUGCACGACGUUAUAACGCCACCUUAAUGUAUCAAAAAAUAAGAUAUUAUCAACGUUAUCAUUCGUAAAAAAGACUGAAUGGAUUAUCGAUCGAGACGUCGACGAAACGUGGUACUCUCAAGAGGACUCCCCACUUUACUCCGGUCAACCUGAAAAGAACAAUUUCGAUGGCAUCUUUACGACUGACUAAAACCACGGAAAGAAAGUCGCGCAGCUGUUAGGUGGAUCCUUCGUCGAAACAAAAGUUAAAGUUGAAAGCUGGAAGGAUCGAAGCUACCUCUUACCCCUCCCUCUCCGAUGUCUUUUCAUUUUCCUAGUCGUAAACCAACAGCCGACGUUCCUGAGGUCGGUGGUGCGUUUCACGAGGAGAUCCGACUGCAACGGCAUAAUUAGUAGAGGAUUCUUAGGGAAUCUCUCUCUCUCUCUCUCUCUCUCUCUUGCUCUUUCACUAGCUAAACUCGAGCAUCUUCCUCUUUCGGUAAAACGGACGAUAGUCUCGAGAAGGUCGAGCUGAGAGAGCUCUAGCCCGAGUCAAGGUGGGUGGUCCGCGCACGGAGCCUGCGGGCUCUCUCUCUCUCCCUCCCCCCUCCCCUCCCUCCCCCCCUCUCUCUCUCUCUCUCCUUACCUCGAAUACCUUCUCCGUCGUACACACGGGGGUCCUCCUGCCGUUCUUGGCUACGUGUGUGGCCAACACCAGCAUCCUUCUCUUUCUUGCUCCCUUUUCUUCUGCCUACCACCUAUCUUCUUUCCUUCCUUUUCCGCCCUCUCCCUCAUACACGCGCACGCUACCUCGAUCCUCUUCGGUGUGUGUGUGUGCGUGUGUGUGUGUGUGUGUGUGUGUGUGGCAUGCGCGGAAGAGAGUCUACCUCUACCAAACGCACCAAGAGAGCAGCAAUACCUUUCCUGUUUACGAAGGUCCAUCGUCGCGUUGGAGGAGGGCAACGAAAAACGAACGAACGCCAUGAAUUCUACGAUACGACGAUACGGUUUUAUCUCGUAAGCUCUCGAGAACUUGGAGACUUUCGAAUCUACUCGUUUGUCUCACUCGCGACGCGACCCGUGAAAGAGGCCGGCCAAGUCACGAUACUCUUUCUCUCUCACUCUCCCGGAUUCGUUCUUGCGAAUUUCCAAGUACCGUGUUGCUAGAAAAGAGACAUUGUCAUCGCAGAUAAUAACAGCGAAUUUGCGGUAGAGAAAGAGAGGAGAUAAUGGAAAUGUCGAUUGGAAGGUAGCUCUAGGGCAAAAGAAAGGUAUGUUGAAAUCUUAGAAAUUCCUGGACCAUAUUACUUCCACGCUAAUUACUUCCACGUCUCGUAAAUAUCGUUUACUCUCGAUAAUUAUAGCGCCGGCGGGCGAGGUUCGUGCAAAAUAUCCCCCUCGUAAAUAUCGGUCUUAUUCUUAAUUAUAAUCGCGAGAGCGCUCGUUAACAAGCCGAGCUUUAGCAACGAUAUUAUACUUUAUAGUCCGUUUGUUCGAGCAAUUCGAAAACUUCUUUAAUCGCGGAGAGUAGCCGCUGCUGCGCUACCGAGAGGAUCGUUUCGCGUUUGGGAAAUACACCGAAGUACCGUGAUGAUGUGUUCAGGUAGAGCUUACACCGGCUAUACGAUAUCCAAGUCUGUUAAAAGAAACCGACGUGUGUGGCCAAGUGGUCGAGAGCACCACGCUGGAUCCGUAUAGUUGGUCCACAAUAACAGCUGAUGCUCAAUAGAAUGCCCCAUAGCCCUUCGCCUCCGACUUUCUCUCUCUCUCUCUCUCUCUCUCUCUCUCUCUCUCUCACUCACUCACUCACUCACUCUUCGCUACCUUUUCCUCCUUCCUCGGCAUUAAGCACUGCUCUUCACACUCUCGCGUCUCUUAUUUUCUUAUACAUCUACCUACUCAUCCAAGGUGAGUGCUCUCUAUUCGUAUCCUACUUUCUUUCUACGUCGACCUAUCAAGUUUUUUGAUAAUAUUGCUGACCCCCCCCCCCUCUCUCUCUCUCUCUCUCCUCGGAAUCUUAAAGGAGAGGAGAAUUGUUUUGAAAAUUUAUAUCCAAAGAAUUGUUAGACGAGCAUUGUUACGAUUCUUCGUGGUCAUCUCAGUUUACAAAAUGAGCUACGAGAUCGUUAGAUAAUAAUCGUCUUGGUCGUGCACCUGUCCGAUAUCGAGUGGCCCCUUGUGAUCUUUUAUUUUGUCCCUUCGCUAACUGAACUGCCUGCCUGCCUGGCUGGCUGGCUGGCUGGCGGCUGGUUGGCCUUCUUCCUUACGAGCAACACAUCGACACACGGUGGUAAGAAAUAUAUUUAUUAUUUAAAUUAAAUACUCUCGGUUGUCCAUUGGUAGAAAAAAAUGAUGCGAUAGUCGUAAAAUAAUUAAAAGUAACUACAAUAGAUAAAAAUAAUUUACAGUCGUUGUACCUUCGUUACAUUCUCGUCGCCCGUUGUCUCGUCACAAGUCUUUUUGAUAACGCGACCCGAUAUUUCGUUAGUUUUCAUUUUUCAAGAGAGUCUUAGACAAUGUAGCAUCGAAAAAGUUGCUUUUUCUUAUUUUCAUUAAUAACCAAUAUCGACAUAUCCAAUGUUACCUUUAACGCGAUUCUUUUUACGCAAUCACCCUAGAUAAUCCAAAAGUUCUCAUUAACCUCUUUAUCGUUCGCAUUAUGAAAGAAAGGAAGAAACGAAGAAGAUGAGUAUUUCCGCCGUUACGAAUAGAUAGUUCGAAACGCAUAUGUAGCUUGGUAACUCGCGCUUAAUUUCGCACAAUAAACGUACAAUACAUCGUAUGAUUCCUUCGAUUCGGACGAAUGUACGCUCGUCGUCUUAUGUUAUCAAUUGACAAGGUCUUUAAAAGAUAGUGAAAAAACGGUGGGAUACAUCGUCGAUGAAAAAGUUUGGAGAGUUGGAAUAAUGAAAAGAAAAAAAAUCAAAUGGAAAAGUCUUUCGUACCCUUCAAAGGGGAAGAAUAACCUUUGCGAUUGCGAUCAACGUUCGGUCGUGCUUCGUCAUAAAUUAAGAAUAAUAAUAAUAAUAAUACUUAUAACGCAACAAUAUUAAAAACAAAUAUCCCUAUCUGUUACUAUAUAAUACAUAAUCAAUGUACAACGCUAAACGUCUCCUUGCUCCUCGGUCAAUUUUCUUUGCAGAAUUUUUUGGAACACGCGGUUGGUUUCUAUCGGAAAUCUUUGCGUCCUUAACGCAAAACGCAGUCUUCGAUUAGGAUACUCGGGGACAAAAGCGGCAGCUUUAUCUCUGGCGGUCGUCCUCUUCAUGGACCGCGUUCGUGGUCCGGCGCUUAUUCUCGUAAACAUUCCUAGAAAAAUGCUCUUUGGUCGUUCACUCGCGGAAUACUGUACUGUACUUUAUUUGGACAUCUCGUCUUGCCACUCGGUUGUACUCGGCAUCAGUCUGAAAAAUACAAUACGCUAGACCGUC